GAUUGGUGGCGCGCGGGGCCGCGCCGCUUUCUGCUGUAGAGUUUGGCGCGAACGUGCACGCCGGCGCGCGAGACAAAGAAGAGCGGCAGGAUCACCCGCGGUCCCGAAACUUGCCCGGUUUGUGGCCGUUAACGACUCGCCAUGGCUGAUAAAGACGCUGCUUUUGACGAUGCUGUUGAAGAGAGGGUGAUAAAUGAAGAGUACAAGAUAUGGAAGAAGAACACCCCAUUUCUCUACGACCUGGUGAUGACCCAUGCCCUGGAGUGGCCGAGCCUCACUGCGCAGUGGCUGCCAGAUGUCACAAGGCCUGAGGGUAAGGAUUACAGUGUUCACCGUCUGGUUCUCGGCACCCACACCUCUGAUGAGCAAAACCACUUGGUCAUUGCCAGUGUUCAGCUACCUAACGACGAUGCCCAAUUUGAUGCCUCACAUUACGACAGUGAGAAAGGAGAGUUUGGAGGCUUUGGCUCAGUGAGUGGUAAGAUCGAGAUUGAGAUCAAGAUUAACCAUGAAGGAGAGGUGAACAGGGCGCGAUACAUGCCACAGAACCCCUGCAUCAUUGCUACCAAGACUCCCACCAGUGAUGUGCUGGUCUUUGACUACACCAAGCAUCCGUCCAAGCCUGACCCCUCUGGCGAGUGUACUCCUGACUUGCGAUUGAGGGGGCAUCAGAAAGAGGGAUACGGCCUGUCUUGGAAUCCCAACUUAAGUGGCUGCUUGCUGAGUGCAUCUGAUGACCAUACAAUCUGUCUUUGGGAUAUCAGUACGGUGCCAAAAGAGGGAAAGAUUGUUGAUGCUAAGACCAUUUUCACUGGUCACACUGCUGUGGUGGAGGAUGUUUCAUGGCAUCUCCUUCAUGAAUCUCUUUUUGGAUCCGUGGCUGAUGACCAGAAGCUUAUGAUUUGGGAUACCCGUUCCAACAACACAUCCAAGCCCAGCCAUGCAGUUGAUGCCCAUACUGCAGAGGUCAAUUGCCUGUCCUUUAAUCCCUAUAGUGAGUUCAUCUUGGCCACAGGUUCAGCUGACAAGACUGUAGCACUCUGGGAUCUUAGGAACCUUAAGCUGAAGCUACACUCCUUCGAGUCACACAAAGACGAAAUCUUCCAGGUUCAGUGGUCACCUCAUAAUGAGACCAUCUUGGCAUCCAGUGGAACAGACAGACGGCUCAAUGUCUGGGAUCUCAGUAAAAUUGGUGAGGAACAGUCACCUGAAGAUGCAGAGGAUGGUCCUCCUGAAUUACUGUUCAUCCAUGGUGGUCACACAGCAAAAAUCUCAGACUUCUCCUGGAACCCCAAUGAGCCGUGGGUGAUCUGCUCUGUAUCUGAGGACAACAUCAUGCAAGUGUGGCAGAUGGCGGAGAACAUUUACAAUGAUGAGGACCCUGAAGGAGCUGCAGACACAGAGGUCCAGGGAUAAAGAACAAUAGAACUUUGACUCUCCUCCCCACCUCGCUGUCUCUAUACAACCAUGACCAUGUUCUUUCCCAUCUCCUGGAACUGUGAACUGUCAGCCACAUCAGCAGCCACCUACACAAACAUGUGAAGAACAUAAUGUUCUUUCCCAAGAAAAGGAGGGGGACAUUGACUGGCAACCUUUUUAUUACUUUGUGAAAAGUGUAUUUUUCUAUGAGAAAUUGGUGACUCUUUGGUUUAAAAGUAUAAAUUAUCUCUCCUUUUUUUUAAAUGUGUUUAUACUAAGAGCUCUACACAUCCUAUGAGUUUUCUGAGAGUAGGUUUUCAUUUUAAUGUUUCAAAAGCAACUUUUGGCUGACUACCAGCUUGAUGUGGUCUCUUAUUAUGGUGGCUGUCAAUGGAGAACAUGGUAAUUAUUUUUAUUCUUACUUGUCUUCAACAAAUGCGUCAUUCAUGUCGGGGGUCCACAGGGUAACCUGUGCACUCCUUUAUUUUGUAUUUACUUCUGAGUAAUGGUCUGUGAUGUUCUCUGUUUUAUGUCUUUAAUAUUGUAAAAUCCUUUUGUGGCUUUUCAUCGUCUUUCUCCCCGUUAUGUCUGUGUUAUUGUACAGAACAUUCAGAAUAAACUGUUUUUUCACUGAA